CCCGCAUACGGACGACAACAACGGAGCAGCAUUAAACGGAGGAUUACCUCGGCAUUGUUUAUCGAAUAUAAAAAUAACAAGAAAACGGAAUGUCAUUUCAGCGGAGCUACAGCAAGGUCUGGUGGGGAUCCGACAGCCAAGAGCAUUCAUCGUUGCCAUCGCUCUCAUCCCUAACCAGCGGCGGCUUCUAUUCGCAGUACAGCAACAACAGCCACAGACAGCCCUCGUCGCUGCUGGGCAACCUGUCCUGCAUCCAGGAGGUGGAGGAUGAGCAGAACAACUCCAAGAUAUCGUCGUGGCACAAGCAGGACAGUCCCGGCAGUCUGCGCAGUCAGGAUUCGGGAUUCUCGGACAAUGAGGAAUCCCACCAGCUGGUGCUGCAACAGCAACUGCAAAAGGAGACACCAGAUGAAACACAAACGCCCACGGCUUCGCCCGGGUCCGUCCAUUCCGUGGCCACGCCGCCCACUGUGGUGCGGAAAGUGGGAAACUCCUCGUUUUACUCGCCGCUGAUCAGCGUUACGCGUCGCAUUUCGUUCACCAGUGGACAGAGGACGCCCAAAGCGGUCACAGCGGAGGACGCUGACGAGGAUGGGGAGCUGGAGGCCAGCCGCAGUCGCCUGUUUAAUCAAUUGGACAGCAUGAAGCUGGACGAUGACGCAGAGGAGGAUAAAGAUACUACCAUCGAGUCGACCACGCCGCCACGUCCGGCCAUUCGACGCCGCAGGCGCUUGGCUCGCAAGCCCAAGCCCGAGCCGGAAGAGCUGUCGGCCAGCGAGGAUGAGGAUGUGAAGGAGCCACUGCCGCCGUACAACAACGAGACCGUGUAUCUGGGCGAGGCCCCACCGCCCUACAACAAUGAGACAGUGACCUUCGGUGGCAGCGGCGACCCGGAGGAGACACUGCUCCCUGGCCUGCUUUCCCCGUUGCGCGUGCACUCCGCUGUUCGCUUCACGGCGAGCACGAGCACACCCAAGGGCAGAAGCAAGCCAACGAAGAGGGCGCACAGGACACAGCCCGCGCCAGUGGAGAGCUGGAUGGCCGAUCAGCGCUGGAACGUGGACCAGGAGGUGAUGUGCACCCUCCAGCACAAGUCCAUCGCCCAGGAGGCGUACAAGAACUUCACCAUCACCACCAGUGCCGUCUCCAAGCUGGUCCGCCAGCUGCAGCAGCAGUCGCUGGCCCUGCAGGCGCACUUCGAGCGCAGCGAGCGAGUGCUCGGUGGAAUGCAGGCGACCACCCUGCCGGAGGCUCUGACCGGAGCUGGACAGCUCCUAGGGCACCUCGACGACUUCGUUGGCACUCUGGAGCGGCGGGCCAUCUUCUUUAAUGAGGCGCGUGUGGAGCGACGGCGCUACGAGCAGCAUCUCGAGCAGAUCCGCACGGUGAGCCGGGACACGCGGUAUUCCCUAGAGCGCCAGCACUACAUCAGUCUGGAGUCGCUGCUGGAGGACGUGCAGCUGCUGAAGCGGCACACUCUGAUCACGCUGCGCCUGAUAUUCGAGCGCCUGGUGCGCGUCCUUGUGCUGAGCAUCGAGCAGAGCCGCUGCGACCUGUUGCUGCGUGCCAACAUCAAUAUGGUGGCCACGCUGAUGGGCAUCGACUACGACGGCUUCGCCUCUCUCUCGGACGCCUUCGUCCAGAACGAGGCUGUGCGCACCCUGCUCGUCAUCGUGCUGGACCACAAGCACAGCUCUGUGCGCGCCCUCGCCCUUCGUGCACUGGCCACCCUCUGCUGUGCGCCCCAGGCCAUCAAUCAGCUGGGCGGCUGCGGCGGCAUCGAGAUCUUGCGCGAUAUCCUACAGGUGGAGGCCGCUGGGGAGCGGGGCGCCAUCGAGAGGCGCGAAGCAGUCUCUCUGCUGGCCCAAAUCACUGCCGCCUGGCACGGACCUGAGCACCGGGUGCCCGGCCUGAGGGACUGCGCCGAGUCCCUAGUGGCCGGUCUGGCCGACCUUCUCCAGCCCGACUGCUGUGCCCAGACCCUGCUGCUGUGCGCUGCGGCCUUGAACAACCUGAGCCGCAUGGAGGUCACCUCCCACUACUCCAUCAUGUCCAACGAGGCAAUAUUCCGGCUGAUAGCCACGCUGGAGCACCAGAGCUGUGGCAUCAGUGUGUUCCUCUAUGAGCAAAUCGUUGGGAUGCUGCACAACAUGUCGCUGAACAAGAAGUGCCACAGCCACUUGGCCAACGGCACCAUCAUAAAUUUCAUCACGUCCGUUUACCAAACGGAAUUCUACAAGACCUAUGGAUCACGUGCCGAAUGCGAUGCCCAGCGCCGCAGCAUCAAGACCAUUCUGCACACUCUGACGCGUCUGGCCAACGAUUCGCCCACCCUUGGCGCCGAGCUGCUGGAGCAGUGGCAUCUGCCCGAUUUGCUGCGUCAAUCUCUGGCCCUGCCAAAAUCCUCAGGCUACGGCUCCCCCCCUGCUGCUGCUGCUGCUUCUGCCGAUUCUGCUGGUCAGUUGGAUGGCAGCUAUGCGGGGGAUAUAUCGCAAUUGGCGCGACAUUUACUGAAGGCACAUAAGCAGGAGCAGCUGCUGUUGGUCAGUGGAGCCGCAUCCCCAGCCACGGCCACGGCCACAGGAACCUUCAGCAGUAGCCAUCAGACGCCUGAGGCACAGACCAGCUCCAACUGCAGCUCCAACUCCAAUUCUGUGUCGAGUGCCAGAACGAAGGCGUCGUCGUCGCUGCUCAAAUUCAAUUUAACACGUCAGGAGAGUUUCGUCUAGUUUUCACCACCUGAGGAGGAGGUGCCCAGACCCGGACCGGACCCACCCGCAUGGGCGCCUUUGGGCACGUCCUUCGGACAGAAGCAGGAAGCUCAGACGUGCGUCAAGUGUUAUUACUUUGUCUAGGAUGUUGCGUGACCAGCUUGGACCCCCUCUCCGUCAUCGUGCUCUGCUCCUCCGCGGCUGUGGACUUGUGGAUGUAAACCAAGUAAUUUUUAUAUUUCCACUCAAGCAAGCAGAUCCAAACGAGAGCCUCAGAGAGAGCGUGAGAGAGGGAAAUGCCAGAAUAAAUAGAAAUACAAUUUUUGUGUAGUUUUCGUUUAUUUUUUUUGUCCCCUCGCCUUCGCAUUGUUUCUCGGGCAACACUUUGGCAUUUUUGUAAGCUUAAAGCAAAAAUGCUCUUAAAGUGCAUUCCUCUGUCGCUGUGGAUGCCCAGAUUUCUCUCUCAUUGUAUGUUUUAUUUAAUGCAAAUGGAACUUUGACAUUUUGCAUUCUCAUUGUAAAUAUUUUCAUAAGUCGACAGCACAACCUACCCUCCCCUCCCCAACCAUACAGCUGGCAAACUAAAAAAAGACCAAAAACCCAGAUAAUUCCUUAGUUAUAUGUACUCUAAGAUGUUCUUUGUGCCAAAUGCUUUGGAAUCCUUUGAGUAAAGGAAUUCCAAUCUAAAUGAUUUUUUUGUACUUAAAGCAAUUCUAUUGCAUAACUUUGUAACAUAAAUACCAUAAAUACAUACAUAAAUUUAUACACGCAUACAUAAAUAGGAAUAUUGCAUUGUAUUGCAGUACUCCCGCCACUGCAUUGAGGGCAUGGCUUAAGUCUAUUAUUACGCUUUGAUUACUUUGUAAUUUGACCAAUGGAAUAAACCUUUGACACAUUUAAA